GGUAUAUGAGUCAUAUGGCGCUACGGCUCUGGCGAACGCAUGUGUUGACAGCUAUAUGGAUGUAAAAUGGCGUCUAGUUUGCGCUAUCUCAACAAAGUUGCCUUAGUGACUGGAGGAUCUAAAGGCAUUGGAGAAGGAGUAGUCCGAGUGUUCGUUCAGAAUGGUGCUAAAGUGGGUUUUUGUUCUAUAGAAGAGGAAGCCGGCAAGAAGCUGGAAUCUGAAGUCAAUCGACUUGGACCGGGUGAAAGCAUUUUCAUAAAAUGUGACGUCCAGAACGAAGAUGAAAUCAAGUAUCGAUCAACAAUAGAUAGAUUUGGCCAGCUUGAUUGUCUGGUUAACAAUGCUGGUUGGCAUCCACCACAACAAGUUAUUGACGACACAUCAGUUGAAGAGUUUAAAUCACUUAUCAACUUAAAUUUGAUAAAUUAUUUUGCUUUUGCAAAGUAUUCUCUACCACAUCUGCGGAAAACAAACGGGAACAUAAUAAACGUUUCCAGUCUAGUGGCUACAGUUGGUCAAUCGUAUGCAAUUCCAUACGUAUGUACAAAGGGUGCAAUAGUGGCGUUCUCAAAGGCUUUAGCAAUUGAUGAGGCAAAACACGGAGUACGAGUUAAUACCUUUUCACCUGGUAACAUUUGGACUCCUUUGUGGGAAUGGUGUGCAAAACAAUCAGACAAUCCGGAAGCUAUGAUACAAGGAGGCGCUAAUGCUCAGUUAAACGGUCGUUUUGGAACGAUUGAGGAGUGUGGUCAGGUGUGUUUGUUCCUUGCUUCCGAGGCUACCUUUACUACUGGCAUCGAGUUGAUAUCAUCUGGAGGUGCUGAACUAAACUUUGGAUGUAAAAAUCAAAUGAUGGAGCGGACAAAUAUAUAUGAAUGAUAACUAAA